GUUCCCACGUUCUUCCCUUUUGUUUCACUCGGAUUCAACACUGGACGACCCGGGCAGAACAAAAAAGCUUCAUCCUGUCGCAAUCCAAAUCCAAAUCCAAUCCCAUUCCCCCGAACCCACAAUUCCGCGGCGAUCUUCCCUAGAGCAUGAAGAACCCUAACCCCCCUCCCCAGAAGCCCUCCGCCUCCGCCAUGGCUCCCCGCAAGUCUCGCUGGGGCCCACCGCCACCGGGCGCUGCUGCAGCUGGAGACAAGGCCGCGUCUACCUCCGCCCGCACCCCGACUCCCACCCACUCCGCGGACUCCAGGCGCCAUCAGGCUCCUCCCGCGCCUUCCCCGCUCGCCCGCAACCCCGCGUCGCCCGCGGCCGCGCUCCGGCCGCCGCCGCAGCCGCAGGCGGAGACCCCUCCCCCGUCGUCGUACGGGUUCCACAACCUCGACCGCCGCACCAUGCUCCUCGCUGACGGCACCGUCCGCACCUACUUUGCCCUGCCCCCCGACUACCCCUUCGAGCCCGCGCCCCUGCCACCCCUCCCGCACCACCUCCUCCCCCGCGCCGCCCCGGACCUCUGGCCGCCGCAUCAGCCACCGCCGCCGUUUAUGCCGAUGCCGGUGCCGCCGCAGGGCGCGAAGCGCAAGCACCCCGCCGACCAGGACGAGGGCUUCCCGAGGCACCCCAAGCAGCCGCGGCUCGAUGCGCCGCGUCACCCGCCGCAGCAGCUGCCACAUGCCGCGGUGGACCGUCACACGCUCAGGAGGGCGUUCCUCAAGUACGCUAAGAUGCUCAACGAGAACUCCGCGCAGAGGCGGAGCUACCUCGAGGGCGGCCGUGUCCCAUGCCUCGCCUGUGGCAGGUCUUCUAAGGACUUUGCUGAUGUGCAUGGACUUGUCAUGCAUGCUUACAACCCACCAAAUGCAGAUUCAUUUGUUGAUCAUCUUGGUUUGCACAAGGCAUUAUGUGUCCUUAUGGGAUGGGAUUAUACAAAAGUCCCUGAAAACUCUAAGGGAUACCAAUCGUUACCUGGUGAUCUUGCCCGAGCAAGUAGGGAGGACCUUAUCGUGUGGCCGCCGACUGUUAUCAUUCACAAUACUGCUACUGGGAGGAAGAAAGAUGGUCGCUUUGAGGGUUUAGGGAACAAAGACAUGGAUAAGAAAAUGACAGAGCUAGGGUUUUCUGGUGGCAAGCCGAAGUCCUUGUAUGGAAAGGAAGGGCACUUGGGUUUGACACUUAUCAAGUUCGCAAGCAGCCCAGCUGGCUUGAAGGAGGCUGAGCGUCUUGCUGAGUUCCUUGAGAGGCAAGAUCAUGGACGUGUAGGUUGGUCACGUGCACAAGCCGCACUUUCUGUAGAUUCUGAUCAGAACCCUUUACUGGUCGAGACAGAUAAUAGAACAGGUGAGAGAAACAGGAUACUUUACGGAUACCUAGCUAUUGCAUCAGAUCUCGAUGAAUUAGACUCAGAUUCGAGAAAAAGGGCUUUCCUCAAGAGCAGAAAAGAAAUUGACCCAACUGACUAGUAACUUGUCACGAGGCCCACCUCCUCAUCAGUUUAUCUAAUUUGCACCGAAGCGUGUACACUUGUCUUUUGUAUGCCAAUUUCAUAGAUUUAUGUUGUUGCUAUGCACGAGAAACCUUGAAUAUAAUACCUGCAUCUAGGAAGGUUAUGAUAAUUAUUUCUGGGAACUAUAUAUUUAUAUUAAGUGUGUUUUCUGGCAAGUGUGUGUAUUGCUCACUGAUUGAAUUGUCAUCUGGAAGAGUUCAUUAAGUGUAUGAUUUGAUUGCUUCCUAGUUUAAGUGUGAUGUUGGUCUUGCGUA